AUGGUCCUACCUGGGAAUUGUUCCACGUCGGCGGCACUAUGUAUGCAAUUCCUCACCCAACUAGCAAGUGUAGCAAUUGAUCAGGCUUAUCAGCCACCCCAGCAGCCAGCCUACAACCCCCACGAAAAACUAUUUGUAUCAUAUCGAUCAGUUCCACCGCCAGGAUCAUCUCCAUCAUCGGCUGCAGUUCCGAUUCGAUUCAGCUCAUAUUCAAGUGUCGGCUCAAAUAUACGUGGUUUAAACUCUCCAACGUUACAUCCGGGUAGUAUCGAACCUCCGUUGACACCUGGCAAUUAUCGAUUAUAUAGUAUGCGGUUUUGUCCAUAUGCACAGAGAGUAUUGAUCUAUUUGGCCAAGAAGAAUAUUCCAGUAGAAGUAGUAAAUGUAAAUCCGGAUAGAAGUCCCAAUUGGUACCUUCCCAAGUCACCAAUCGGAAGAGUUCCAGCACUUGAAAUUAAUGGAAAAGUUGUGUGGGAAUCGAAUGUCAUUGUUGAAUACCUUGAUGAACUAUUCCCAACUAACACUAUUUUGCCACGAGAUGCAUAUGAGAAAGCUCACCAGAAAAUUCUAGUGGAACGAUUGUCGCCGAUAAUGAACGCGUUAUUCGAAUUCUACGGUAGUUCCAAUAAUCCACAGGCUCAACGACAAAACGACAUGAAUGUUCACAGUGCGCUAAGGAAUUCGGAGAAUUUGCUCAGAGACACUUUUUACGGAGGCCGUCAACCAGGAUACGCCGACUAUUUGAUGUGGCCAUUCUUGGAACGCCUCCAACUGCUCACAAUGUCUCCAAACUCACAAUUCCGAUAUUUCCCAGGACUUCAUUACCCGAAAAUUGGAGCAUAUAUUGCUAGAAUGCAGAAUCAGCCAGAGGUAUUAGGUUUUUGCAAACACGAUUUUUUUUUGAAAAAAACUGGGGAAAAAAUAUGGUGA